GCCGUCCAUACCUACAACACCUUAUCCCAUUAAUCACAACCAUGGAAGGAGAGAAUACAGUGCCUCGACUGCUAAGCUUGCCGGCUGAGCUAGUUCAGAGUGUGCUUCAAUUCCUCGACCCGACAUGUCUAGCUGAUGUGGCGCUGACAUGCCGCUUCCUUCGUAACCACGCUUUGAGUGACUCCCUGUGGCAACAGCACGUCAAUCGACAAAUACCGCACUCCUUGACUAGCGCUGCCCCUCUGCCAUCAUUUCGAGACCUCUACAUCACACACCAUCCUUAUUGGUUUCUGUGCAGAAACAGAAUCUGGUUUUCGGACGGCGAACCAAACGGCAAACUGCUUCUUGCCCGCUAUGAUCCGCGUCGAGGUUGUAUAGAAGCCUAUGCCAUAGUUGCCGAGCCAGGCAUCCGUAAAUUCGAGCAUUGGGAGCACGACGAAGACGUCUCGGUUCACACCUUCAAUCCUAAAGUUCAAUUGGACCUCAACUCGCCUGUCCUGAAGCUCGAUCCCGGAAAUCCGAGGCGUGCUCAUGACUAUGGUCCCCAGCACGAUGAUGAUCCAGGAAGCCACGCCCUUCCGUCGCUCUCUCGUGAGAUCAUGAUGGAUUGUUCUGCCAACCCUGGUCUUUACACGUCUUUUAUGCUUUCUCGCGAUCUUCCUGAAGUCGCCAUCGGGCCUGGUACCAGAGUUUGGCCGCCUAUGCACAUUCCUGCUCUUUCACGCACACGCAAUGCCUCAACUCGAGCAUUUCAGGCUCUCUCACACCGGCCAUCUACCCUUGAUGAAGUCAGCCAGAACACUUUUCGCUUGCGGAAGUGGGUCGAGUUUUCUGGCCGUCGUCACAGCAGCUCGAUAAUGGCCUUGGGCGCCGCCAGCCGUAUUGAUACAGCCCUCAGGUUCGGCGGGUUUGCUCCUACCAUUAUGAAUGCUGGUGGUCAUGCUAUGACGGUCCGUAUGGGUGAGGAGGUGUCAACUUACGCCACAUUACCACCGAGUUGCUACAUACCGACCAAGGACAAGCCAUGGCAGGGCAUCUGGUGCGGUGAUUACAGUGGUCAUGGCUGUGAGUUUCUUCUUCUUCUGCAGCCCAACAAGGGUGAAGAGAGGCCGCUCCCAGAUGGUAUGGAUCACAUGCUCGAAUGGCUCGCUACUGGCCGCUAUCGGCGUGACAGCAACGGCUCCGAGAGCAGCGACAGCAGCUAUGCGAGUGCUCAAGAGAAUCAGGAGUCGGAUCCUGAGGCAUCUUCCUUCCAAGUCCCUACGUCAGCUUCAUCAGCCAUCACUGACGAGCAAGAUGUCUACCGCGGCCGGAUCGAGGCUGUCAAACUGACGGGCGAUCCUAAUGUCCCUCGUGGAGAAUAUACUUUUAUUGCUCCUGACAUCAGCGAUGGCGGACUCGUACGCAUUGCCGAUGAAGCGGCCUUCAGAGGCGCGAGAGUUGUCAGGAGUGCUGGUCACAUUGCUGGAGUAGGCUUCGCACACGAUGAAUACAUGCCUUCGCAGCUCAUCCUUAUCUCUCCCGACUGUCUGGCGCAGCAUUGGAUUGAGUUUGGUCACAUUUCCUACUACCGCCGUGUCGACCUAGACAGUCUUGGGCAAAUCUAGUAGGCUACAGGGAUAGAGCAUGCCUGUCCUAGAGCACAGUUCACGCAUCAACUGUAGUACACAAGGACUCAUUUCACCAUCCAAGAUUAUACCAUUGCUGUAACAGGCAAGAGCAUCCGAUCUAACCAGACCGAGUAUGACUGUGGAUGGCUCCUUCCUAUCUAAGCGAGAAGCGUAAAGCAGCCUCUCGCUCUGUUCUUGACUUCUCGUUCCGUUUUUGACUUCCUCGACAUGUGCUGUAUUGUCUCCUUCCGCUCUUC